CUGAAGCAGACCUAAUGUAUUUUAUUCCGAAAUGCCUAUCAGGAAGCAAGCUCUGGUGUUUGUUUUCCUGCUGCUGCUGUUCGUUGUAGCUGCUAGUGGAUUCAACUUGUUCAAUUUCGGUGCAAGCGUAGAGAAGGAUGCGAUUUUCAAUCGAACUUCAUCUGAUCAAGGUCCAAUUGGAGAAACCAGGAAGAAAAAGAAAGGAAAAUUCGUGGUGAAUUUUCUAAUAGCUUUGUUCAUAAUAAAGAGUGUACUCGUGCCAAUUGCGUUGAAAGUUAUGGCAGUGUUAUCCAGUGUAUCUGUAGUUCUUAGCGUCAUGAGCCUUAUUGUUUCCUCUUUGGCAGGAUAUUCGAAAGUAGCUUGGCAGCACGCGGCGCCUAACAUUAAAUUCAUCCAAGCCGCCGAUCCUUGGAGCAAGGACGAAAGCAUAUUGAACAGCGGGAAUGGCGGUUUGGAUUAUUUGGGAGAUACCAACGAUAUCGGUUACGGAUACGAUAUUGGAACUGGAAGCUUGCAGCAUUAUCACUAUUAUAAUAAAUAAUAUAUUUUUUCAAAAAAAUGUAUCUUUCAUAUCAAUAAAGUUUCC